UUCAACAACGGUUAUCCUGAACGGUUUCGCUGGGAGUUGCUGGAGCCUAUCCGAACUGAGUUCAGGCGGAAAGCAGACUGCACUCUGGUGGUCGCAAGUCAGUUGCAGGGCACAUGAAGCGACUCUUCGCAUCCACAUGCACACCGUCACCGAGUCGGAACCGAUCCUACGCUCCCCGCCACCAAGUCAGGCGAGUGGACCACCACACGGGCAAAUAUAAAAAGAAUAUCCGAAUCGAUUCUGUUUUCCCUCUGGAAUUCUUUGACAUUUUGCACUCUUCCCUGAAUGGAUCUUACCAUAGGGUCAAAGCUAUCAAAGACGGCCUGAGUGUCUUUGAUGCUACCUUGACAGCUGUUGAGGAUGAAGAUGGGGUCCAUCCACUCGCUAAACCAGUCCACAAUGAACACGAUGUGGACAUCUAUCAACCUAUUGUUCUCAGUCCAAGUAUUCUCACAUUCCCAUGGCAACCCAAGGUCGGACCUUAUCAGUACACAAUUAAGGCAACAGGUGGCAGUGGAAAUUUCAGAUGGUCCUCGUCCAACCCUAAUGUGGCCACAGUGACUGUGCAAGGCGUGAUGACGACAGUCAGUGACAUUGGUGUCAGCGUCGUGAAAGCACAGGAUAUGCGCAAACAACUCCACUUCGGAGAGUUGAAGGUAUACGUCGUUGAACCUGUGGCAUUGGACUUUGCUCCUUGCCGAGUGGAGGCCCGAGUGGGCACGAUUCUAGAACUACCGCUCAGAAUAUUUGGCGUAUUGGAGGAAGAGGGGAUGGAGCUUGUCAUGUUGAGUGACUGCUCCCACUUUGACCUGCAGGUUGAUGAGGAAAACCAAGGCGUCUUUCAGCAGCUUGAAGGUCGACUGUCUCCCGGCGAAGGCCACUGCAGUGGAUUGAUGGCCAAAGCUCUGACCCCAGGCUACACCACGCUCUUGGUCAGCUACACCCAUGGCAACGUUCACCUCAGUGCAAAGAUCACCAUUGCAGCUUAUCUUCCCCUCAGCGCUAUUGACCCUGUGUCCGUGGCUGUGGUGACGCUGGGUUCCUCGAAAGACAUGCUGUUCGAGGGAGGGCCUCAGCCUUGGGUUCUGGAGCCCUCUAAAUUCUUCUGUGAGUUGAGAGCUGAGGAGGAAGAAGGUGUGAGCCUGACUCUGACCAGCCCGCUGUCCCAUAAUUCUGACCAGCAUUUGGUCAGAGCAACUUGCAGGGCCUUGGGAGAGCAGAUGCUGGAGGUGAGGAUGCGAAACAAGGCCAGUGUGACCAACCCUUACCCCGCUGUAGAGCGAGCAUCAGUCAAGUUUGUUUGCGCUCCUCCGUCACGCCUCACCCUGGUCCCGGUGUACGUCAUUCCGCAGCAGGAACUAGCAUGCCGUCUGUUGCAGCAGAACAAAGACCCGGUCCCAGUUUCAAAUUGCCGCAACUCACUUCUGGACCUCGUAGCUUUUGACCACCAAGCGCGGACGUUUGACAACUUCAGCUCACUGAGCAUCGUGUGGGAAUCAAGCAAAGUGUCCCUGGUCAGUCUCGAGCCUCUGACGCUUCAACCCUUUGAGGAUGAAAACAAACAGAUGAAACUACACGGCCGACAGACCGUUGUUGUGCAUCAUCAAUCGGGGAUUGUUGCCAUCACGGCAACAGUGCUGGAUUACCAGCUGUCACAUAUGAAAGCAGCCAAAAUUCAGAGUCGAGUUGGCACAUUUGCACCUGUGUCAGCAACAUUGGAACUCAUUUUAGUUGAAGAUGUGCACAUCUUUCCUGACACACUGACCUUAUACAACCACCCAGAUAUGCGGGGUUACCUUACCUUGCGUGAGGGAUCGGGCCAAUUUGUUAUUGAAACCAGUGUUAAAGAUGUUGCAGAAGUGGUAUUGCAGGACACCCAAGGAAGAGCUCUGAUUGCCCCCAUCCACCCAGGUGUGGUGCAAGUGAUGGUUCAUGACCUUUGUUUGGCAUCCCCAUCGACAGCCAAAGCCACAGUGUAUGUUUCUGAAAUCCUGGAGGUGAAUUUGAGAGUGGUCGACAAGGUGGAAAUUGGCAAGUCAGUAAGAUGUUAUGUCAGACUGUUGGAUGAUAACAAGAAGCCUUUCCCAACAAGCUAUUUCCACUUCCUGAAAUUGAAGGUGAAGGCAGCGUCUUCAAUCGUGUCAUUGAAACCAGUAGCAGAGUCUACAGAAAAGGACACUGCGGUUUACCUGGUAAAAGGUGUUUCUAUUGGCCAGACAACCUUGUCAGCUGUUGUAGUGGACAGAAAUGAGAGAAAAUUGUCAUCUGCCCCUCAACAGAUUGAGGUAUUUCCACCAUUCAAACUCAGCCCCCGGAAAAUGACUCUGCUGAUUGGAGCAAUGAUGCAGAUCAAAUCUGAGGGUGGCCUGCAGGCUCAGUCCAAUGUUCUGUUUUCUCUCACUAAUGAGGACAUCGCUUCUGUAAACGGCAUUGGUCAUGUCAAGGGUAUGACCACUGGUAACGUCACGGUGACGGGACUCAUCCAAGUUGUCGAUGCUGAAACGGGCAAGCUGGUUGUUGUGUCAAAGGAUCAAGUGGAAGUUGAAGUUGUGCGUUUGACUGCCAUUCGAAUUCAAGCACCCAAUAUCCGAAUCAAGAUGGGAGCGCAGAUGCCUGUAUAUGUGAUGGGUUUGACCAAUAGUCAAACACCCUUCACAUUUGCGAAUGCUCUGCCGGGACUUAGCUUCCACUGGUCCACUACCAAAAAGGACAUCUUGGAUGUGCAGUCGAGACACUCCGUUGCUAACGUGGCGCUUAACUCGGAGUACAAUUUCGGCAUGACUGUGACUGGUCGGACAAGAGGGCGGACUGGGCUCAAGGUUGUCCUCAGAGUUGUCGACCCCGUUCUUGGUCAACUUGCGGAUAAUCUUGCAGAGCUCGAAGAUGAGGUCCAAAUUCAGGUCUAUGACAAACUGCACAUGCUUAAUCCCAAAGUCCAGGCCGAAGAGAUUCUCAUGACCCCAAACGCAGUCCUCAAACUUCAAACAAACAGAGACGGUGUGGGUGCACUGUCAUACCGUAUCCUGGAUCACGCUGACCAGGUUGCUGUUGCUCAAGUUGAUGAAAAGGGCUUCCUGGUCUCUGGAUCAAUCACUGGCAUUUCAUCCCUGCUCGUUACUUCCCAAGAGUCUUUUGGUGUCAAUCAGACUCUCAUCAUUGCAGUCAAGGUGGUGCCGGUGUCCUAUGUGCGCUUUAGUACCAGUCCAGCGUUACAUACGUACACCAAGGAGAGCCUGAAAGCCUUUCCUUUGGGCAUAGUCCUCACCUUCACCGUUUAUUUUCAUACCAGCACUGGACAGGUCUUGCACAGCUCCAACAGCCGUCUCACCUUCUCAACUAACAGGGAUGAUCUGGUGCAGGUCGGGUUUGGGCCGAGUAACCAUACUUUGAUCGUCCGGACCGUCAACACAGGUCUCACACUGCUGUCUGUGCACGACAGUGAAAACACUGUUGUGGCAGACUACAUUCCGCUUCCUGUGGAGCAUGCCAUCCAGCCAGGAGAGGCCCAGAGGCUGGUGGUGGGAGACGUCAUUUGCUUUACUGCUCAGCUGGACAGUGAAGACGGAGGCCACGGUAUCUGGAGCUCCUCAGCCAAUGCCGUACUCCAGGUCGACUCCAAAACUGGUGCGGCUGUAGCCAGAAACUCCGGGGCAGCGACUGUGUACUAUGAAAUGCCGGGUGUUUUGAAAACAUACCGAGAGGUUGUGGUGAAAUCGGCUACCAACACAGCUGCAAGAGCACAGCAAGCCUUACCAGUGGAAAUUGGCAAGCCCAGUGAAGUGUUUCUCACGACCAGAGGACAAGGAGCCAACCUCAUCGGAACCUGCUCCUCUUUCCAGACCGAAGCCAUUGCGCAACUGCAGCCAGAAACCUCUGUCGCUUGCCACCUGAGCUUUACUAGUGAUGCUGUUGAUUUCCCAGCAAGCAGCGUCUUUAAAACGCACAUCAGCUUUGACACCAGCAGUGGCUUCUACACGUGUUCCGUGACCUUGCAGCCAACGGCAGACCAACUGACCAGAGUUGCGAGUAUGUCCAUGAGUAACCUGCUGGUGAAGGCUGCCCUGGAGGGCAGCGCUUUCUCGGGGGAGCAGGUCAGCGCCAGACUGCCAAUAGAGCCCGGCAUGUACUCGGACCUAACUGAGCUGACGCUCUCAAACCUGCAUCCAACUGUGGACCUCACAGUCUUUGUUCCAUCUGCUGCCCAAGCAGACAUGGAGGUGGUCACCAGUUCUCCACUCAUCAGUAUUCAAAAGGCCGAGGCACAAUGCGACUCCCCAAGUCUGUCAAAGUACACCAUCGGGGCUUUGGACCUCCGAGCAGCCGGCUCUGCUUCAAUUACCUUCAGCAGUGCCUCCUUGGGUCAGAGACUCACCAUCCCGGUCACUUUGAUACACGUGGCUGAGCCUGGUGCAAACACGCAAGAUGCGACACCACAUGUAAAAGUGGAAGAGGGCCGUGCUUCCCACCUGAUGCUGUUCUUCACGUUUGCUCUGCUCGCCUUGUCAUCCAUCGUCUUCCUCGUUGUCCACGAGUUGUGCCCUCGCAAGCAGCAGCCGCACCCCUACUCUUUCGUCAUCAGGAAGCCUCCGCCUGCCCCAGAUUCCGUCAGCCGCCCCUACUACCCUACACCCUGGUGCGAUGCAAACAGCAGCGUCAGGUUGCGUCUCUAUUCUACAAGACACUGACGAAUCCCACAUCAUCCCUCCUGUCCCAUAGACGGUCAUCACUGAAUGCACCUCAUCCGCCUCAGAAUGACAGCUGUUGGAUGUGACUGCAAAAUCGUUUCAUCUUAAUAAUGGUGCACUUACAAAGUGCUUUUAAUACCUGCUUGCGCAGGUGCGCGUGUGUGUAUAAACCAAAGUUUCUUCAGCUGAAUUGUCCUUGUGCUGUUAUUUGCUGGAUCCUGUUUUUCAAGCCCUUGUAUGGAGAAUGUCUUUUUUUUUUUGCUGCCUGACUUUGGUUCAUUGUGUUAAUUUGCCUCUUCAAAUAAAAAUGAUUCAUCAAAA